AAUUGAAAGAUAAUCCAAUGGCAGUACAUCUCUCUCUUGGCGUGCCUUCCUCCCCUCUUCCUCUUACUUUUCUCCGUCCACCAAAAUUAUUAUCAGAACCAAUAAUAAAGAAUCCAUCACGGACUAGUUUUUUGGGAUCUCGUUGCGCCUCUAGCUUCCCAGCCUCAUCUCCCAUGGAAUCGCGCCCCAAAUUGAUGGAGUUCCCCCACCUGUUGGCCCCUCACAGGGAUCUGAUGAUAACUCUCAUAGCGGCCUUGGAGACCCGUCUUGACUCGCAUCUCCUGCCGGUUUCGCUUCCGCCGGACGUCGAAUUCUAUCAGAACGAGACCAAUAGUUCUCAAGGUUCUCUUUGCAUCAGAAAAGGCCGUGAUUCCUCUCCUAUUGACUUCAUGCUUGCGAGUUGGUUACACUUGAAGCAACCAAGUGGGGAUGCGUUCAACAUAACAAAUCUACAAGUCUACCUAAAACCAACCACCAAUGCACCACACUUUCAAUUCGAGCUUGUCCAAUGCAGCCCUACGUAUCUUAUUUUCUUCCUUGAUUUAACUCCUAGAAAGGACCUUGUUCUUAAUCCCGACUAUCUCAAGACUUUCUACGAACACAAUCAACUCGAACCCCUUAGACGACAGCUUGACGAAUUAGUCCCUGAAUCCAAACCCUACUUCUCCUCGUCCCUCUAUUUCCGCCAAGUUGUCUCUCCCACCGGGAUCUUGGUCAGCAUAAAGAGUGAGGCAGCUGAUGGACGCAUUGAGGAGAUUAUGCGCGAUAAUAUUAGUCCCAUAGCUAAUCAGGUUUUGGGUUUGUGGAUCGAUGAAUGUGAUUUCGAGGGAAGUGGUAAUGUUGUUGGGGAAAAUGAGAAAAGUGAGUUGGAGAAGAGGGAUUAUAUGAUCAAGAGCAAGGCAGUUCAAAUGGAUUUGAGCGCUAGCAUGCCCUUGCAGUUUGGGCAAGAGGUGGCGGACCGAGUCUUGGGAGUUAUAAGAACUGUUUUUAAUAUUUGACGACAUAAAACAUGUAAUCAAUAUAGUGUGUAAUCCAUUGUUUCAUCAGCAUUUAAGCAUCCUAGUGACAUUUGCUACGGUUAAUGAUGUGAAGCCUGCUUAAACUGUUAUUUGAUCAGUUGGUUAUUUCCGACAAAA